AUGUCGUUAACUUCAAUUUUCAAUCCAACCAGUCGUAUUUCCACAGAUCGUCGAUGUGACAAUUGUGGUGUUAGCAUACGCAAAACUAGUUGGUAUCAAUGUGAUAAAUGUAAAGAAUUUGAUCUAUGUGAUUUAUGUAAAGAACAGAAAAUAUCACUGAUUAAAGAUCUCUCUGAGAGGCAUAAAAGAUUUCAUGAAACACAAAAUAUGGAAUACAAAGGAGAUGAAUAUAUGAAAUUGGUAUUCUAUCAGGCUCCACCAACAGGAGAAAUAACAAAGGGAAAAGAACAACUACUAAAUCGUAUGAUAGAAGAGAAUACGAUCAAGAAUGAUUUUAAUAUUUUUGUUGUUAUUGCUAAACUGAGACAAAUGGAAAUGGAGGAAAAGAAUGCAGUAUCAGAAGAACAGCGAAUGAAAAUAGCGGAAAUGAAUGUACCGUUGAAACAACAAUUGAGCUUAAUGAUUACAAAUUAUCAUUUAGAAGCAUUUACAAGAAAUAUACGGAUAUUAAGUCUAGAUGGUGGUGGUGUGCGUGGUUACAUGCCCAUUAAAAUCCUUCAUCAUGCAAUCAAAACCAAAUUUCUAAAAGAGCUUGACCUCAACGAAAUGACAUUUUUAGAAGCUCAAGAAAAAUUUACCCGUCAAUUUGAUUAUUUUGUUGGCACUAGUGCAGGUGGACUCAUUGCUUUUUGUUUAGCUAUUAAUUAUAAUUUAUUAGAUUUGGAAGACAUGUUUUCACAUUCUCGUAAUUAUUUCAAACGUAAUUGGACUGGUCCUUGGCUGCGUGCCAAAUAUAAUCCAAAAUUUAUACACAACAAAAUUGAUAAAAUUAUUAAUUCAAUCGAAAUAAAUGGUAAAAAAUUAUCAGCUAAGACUGCUACUUUACUUGAUAUACAUAAUUUAUUGAAUCCACAUGAUGCUAUGAAGCAAAAUAGUCCAUUUCCUUUAACACAUGGUAAUGAAUUAGAAUUUCAUGAUCAUUGUACCAAUGAAUUUGGUAAUAUGAAACAACGUGAAAAAGUAUUGCUUAUAAAUGCUUACAAUAUGACAAAAAAUACCAUAACAGUAUUCAAUACAAGUUAUUCUGAUCAUUGGGGAUAUCGUGUAGCAGAUGUGUUAAAGGCUACAAUGGCUGCACCAACUUAUUUUCCACCACAUAAAAUGUGCAAAUGGAAAACAUUGGAAAAUGAUGAAUUUCAAGAAAAUGAUAUUCAUGAAACAUUUAUUGAUGGUGGUGUGUAUGCCAAUGAUCCAGAAUUAUCAGCCUUAUGGGCAGUAAGAAUGCAAUGGAAGAAAAGGGUCAAUUAUCAUUUACUUUGUAUAGGUACCGGUUACUCAAGUUCUUCAAUCUCAUCAUCAAAUAAAGGUGGAUAUACAGGAUGGUUAUUCAACGGAUUGGUGAUUGAUACAUUAAUGGAAGCUACACGCAGUUUAAUUGAAACAGUUACAGAUGAUUUGGCUAAAUUUAGUGAUAUUAAAAGGAUGAAAUUCAAUUUUGAAAUAACAAAAUCUAUGAAGUUAGAUGAUCCACUUUUUGUAACCAUAUUUGAUAAAGAAUGGGAAGCAUUUUUAAAACAUGGAACAAUGGUAGGUGAUCAAUUAUUAACAGAUUCUGAUGGUAAAUUAUUAACAGAUUUUAAUGCAUUUAUGCGAUUUUAUGAGAGAUAUAUUUAUCAUGAAGAACAAAGUUAA